CUGAAUCUGGUUUCUCUUUUGACAACGACAAGUCACCAGAAGUGUUUGGGAGAAUAUGGCUGAUUUUAUUAAUGAAACUGUGCAAGAAGUUGCACGGAAUGCAACUGAAAAGCCAAAGGCUUCAACAGAAGGAAUGCUUAUAGCAUAUUCUAGUUUAGUAAUUAUGGCCUUGCUGCCAAUAUUUUUUGGUGCAUUUCGUUCUGUUAAAUUUUUAAAGAAACAAAAAGAUUCAGGUGAAAAACCAGAAACGAUGUCUAAAAAAGAUGCUGCUAUGUUUCCUGUUAUUGCUAGCUGUGCUCUUUUAGGACUGUAUAUAUUUUUUAAGAUAUUCUCUAAAGAAUACAUUAAUCUUCUCGUCACUUUGUAUUUCUUUGGUUUGGGUGUCUUAGCUUUGACACACAUAUUAAGUCCCUUUGUUUCAAAGUUUGUCCCAGAAAGUUAUCAGACUCAGCAUCAUCUUGUGUAUACAAGAGGACUAGGUGAUGAAAAAGAAGAACUUCUCAACUUUUCCUUUGUUACUGGAGAUAUUAUUGCACUAGGAUUGUGUACUAUUGUUGGUGGAAUCUAUUUGUGGAAUAAGCAUUGGGUUGUUAAUAAUAUAUUUGGACUGGCAUUUGCUUUAAAUGGUGUUGAAUUCCUCCAUCUGAACAAAGUAAUCAUUGGUUGCACUCUUCUUGGAGGAUUGUUUGUUUAUGAUAUAUUUUGGGUUUUUGCUACUGAUGUUAUGGUUACUGUUGCAAAAUCUUUUGAAGCACCUAUUAAAUUGGUCUUUCCUCAAGACAUUCUUGAAAAUUGGUUGAGUAGCAGUAAUUUUGCGAUGUUGGGUCUUGGAGAUGUAGUCAUUCCUGGAAUUUUUAUUGCACUUCUUUUAAGAUUUGAUGAAAGUUUGAAACGAGGUCAGAAAUUAUAUUUCUAUUCAAGUUUCUGUGCUUAUUUCUUCGGUUUGGUGUUUACUAUUUUCAUCAUGUCAUACUUCAAACACGCACAGCCUGCACUGUUAUACUUAGUACCCGCCUGCAUUGGUGUUCCUGGUUUGGUGGCAGUUAUGAAAGGUGAUGUUAAGGCAUUGCUUGCUUAUGCUGAUCAUCCAGAUGAUGAGGAAGAGGAAACAUCAAAAGAAAGUACUCCUGAAAAAUCUUCAGAAGAAUCUCGGAACUCUGUAGUGCAAGAAGCUAAGAAACAUAAAUAAAUUCCAUUAUUUUUUAGGAAUAGAA